AUGAUGAGAAUCUCAACUGUCGUCUCUCGAUGGGGAAGCAGGAGCCGUCUGUUGCAUCCAUCGGCCGUCGCAACGUGGCGGCAACCAAUCCAACCAAGACUAUUGGAAAACAAGGUGUGGACAGCAUCGCUAUCUUCCAUGGCUCAUCCACAAAAGCAGCGUGGAGCUUUCAGUCAUGACAACACUAUUGAGAUGGUUCCCCGAUCAUUGCUUGCGAAAAGGCAUCAAGAAGCAUUGAAGAGCUCCUUUCAACGAUUUGGAUACCAAAUGGCCAAUGUCAAUCCCAUUCGCCCGGAUGGCUUGUUGUCGGUUCGGUCUGCCGUCGAACGGUGCAUUCCAAAGUCCAUGGUGACCGUCCUCGACGUGCUGACGGAUAUUCGAUGUUAUCAGUGCAACGAUCCAGAUUUUGCCAAGGCAUUGUCGGAACAUGUUGCCAUCCACAAGGACGACGCUGCUUGUGUCGCAGAGCUGGUGCAUUCCUAUUGUGGACACAUUGGGUACGAGUUUGAGCAUUGCAGUACCGAGGCUGAGAGGGCAUUCUUUGUGGCCAUUAUAGAAGAUCCGAAUAGUGCUUUGCAACAGUUUGAUGACGCUUGGAUCUUUGAACAGUUGUAUCGAGCCGAACUAUUUGAACAGCUAUUGCACGAGCGCUAUUCCAAUGCUCGAACGUUUGGUAUUGAAGGCAUGGAAUCUGCAGUCUUGGCCAUCAACACCCUCGUGGAAACUUUUGCCAACACUGCUGCAGAGGAACGGUGCAAGGUUUUGCUAGGGACCACCCAUCGCGGGAGAAUCAACUUUUUGGCAAACUGCCUCCACACGAAUUGGUCCACGCUGAUAUCCGAGUGGGAUCCGACUUCUGGACCUACAUAUGACGAUAUCUGCUUGGGUUCAUCAUCGUCUAACAAUGGGCUGAUAGAGCUGCUGCCCAUUCCGGCUCACCUCGAGGCGAUGGUACCAGGAUUGCAGGGAAAAGCCCGUGCCCACGCGGAAGAGCUGGCUCGAAACCUAGACGACGAAACCAAAAAGGGAGCUCACCACACACAAUCCCCUCUAGCGACUCAUUUGGUCCUUCCGCUAUCACUGCAUGGCGACGCCAGCUUUUGUGGAGAGGGAAUCAUACAGGAGACCCUUCAAUUGAGCACCUGCAAGCAUUACGAAUGCGGCGGAACCAUUCACAUGAUUCUAAACAAUCAAGUGGGAUACACCACAGAGCUAUCCGAGACAAAGAGUGAGCGCUUCCUACACACUCAGUCAAGUGACGUUGCCAAGUCCAUCAAUGCCCCCAUACUUCACGUCAACGCAAACCGACCAAGAGCAGUGGUUCGUGCUUGUCAGAUUGCGUUGUUGUACCGUCAAACUUUUGGGGCAGAUAUCUUGAUUGAUUUGGUCGGAUGGAGGAAGCAUGGGCACAAUGAAUUGGAUGAUCCAACCAUGACAAACGUAGAUUUGUACAAGACUGUGAAGAAGAUGGAAUCUGUUACCGAAAAGUUCAUGGAUGAGCUAGCCCAUCCUGCAUCUUUGGCGUUAGCAAAGAUAGACGGCGUAAAGGAAGAGGUAGACCAAAUCUAUCAAGCUGCAAAAGGAAUCAAGCGCCAAGAAGCCGGAGACUUGCCCCAUGAACAAAAAACGGGGAGCGGAGGAAGCAGUGCUUGGUCUAACAUCAAGGCAAGGCCUUCUGACACGAGCCUGCCCGAGGCGCAGUUCAAAGAGGCGUUGGCACCAUUGACAACUGUCCCUGACGAGUUCCAGCUGCACCCAAUAGUGAAGCGAGUGGUCGAUGCUCGGAAGAAGAUCCUGGCAAUGCCUCCGGAGACCAGGAUCGACUGGGCAACAGCAGAGCUUCUGGCACUAUCAAGCCUGGCCACAGAAGGUGUUCCUGUUCGACUGACAGGAGAAGACACGGAGCGUGGAACAUUUGCGCAGCGGCAUGCUGUGUGGCAUGACAUGGCAAAACAAGGACAUGAGCAUCAUGCCGUUCCACCUCUUUUGGAGAUUGCCAACAGCCCUCUUUCGGAGCUCAGCGUUGUAGGUUUCGAGUUUGGCUGGUCUCUCUGUAACCCGAACUCACUGUGCCUAUGGGAAGCACAAUUUGGAGACUUUUCAGAUGAAGCACAGGUAAUCUUUGAUACUUUGAUAUCCAGUUCGGCCUCCAAGUGGAAUGAAGAAUCAAAUCUAGUGUUGCUGUUGCCUCAUGGCUACGAUGGGAUGGGGCCUGAUCAUUCGAGCUGUCGACCUGAGCGAUGGCUGCAAAUGUUCGCUUCGUCAUGGUCCGAGGCGGAUUCCCCACCAACGGGGGACCCAGACCCAGUAGAAGCAUUCAAGCCUGCAACUUUAUUGUGGCUUGCCCAACCGAUUCCUCCAAUUACUUUCAUUUGCUGCGCCGCCAGCUAG